AUGGGAAAUAUCGUAGGAGUUUAUGAGGAGAUUUUGAUUUUCACUAUUUCUUCUCAAGUUAGAGUCGUCGAGGCUACAAGCCGCAUACUUGCAAAUGGAAGGACCAUCGUGUGGACUCCAGCAUCAAAGUCAUGUGGAGCUUCUCAUGCAUCGUGGAAGAAGUAUCGCCGACCCUGUAAACGUCCUCCAAGAUCUGCUCAUGCUUCCUACAACUCUCCAUAAGACCAUAAGACAUUUUCACGUUUAGU